AUGGAAAUUCCUAAAAAUAUCAAUGGCCUCAUUGAAUAUAGAGCGCAUCCUUUCUGGCUUCAAAACUAUUUUCCUUCUCAUGAGGUCGAUUGUACUCCAUGAUGUUGCAGUUGUGAAAGAAUGGAGGCAAGAGAUACAAAAUAUGUGGCCCUUGAUGAUGGGAGGAAGCUAUGUCUAGAAUGUUUGGAUUCUUCAAUAAUGGACACCAGUGAAUGCCAGCCUCUUUAUCUGGAUAUACAAGAAUUUUAUGAAGGUUUGAAUAUGAAAGUGGAACAACAGAUUCCAUUACUUUUGGUUGAGAGACAAGCCCUUAAUGAGGCCAUGGAAGGUGAAAAAAGUGGGCCUCAUCAUCUCCCUGAAACUAGAGGUCUCUGCCUUUCUGAAGAACAUACACUCAGCACUAUUUUAAGAAGGCCUAGGAUUGGGGCUGGAAAUAGAACAGUGGAUAUGAUCAUAGAGCCUUAUAGGCUUACACGCUGGUGUGAAGUAACUGCAAUUCUUAUUCUGUAUGGACUACCAAGAUUAUUGACGGGGUCCAUAUUGGCACACGAGAUGAUGCAUGCUUGGUUGUGGCUUAAAGGCUAUCCAUGCAAGAUUAAGAGAGGUGGGGUAGCUCGAUCGAGUCUUCUUUUGACGAGAUGA